AGCCGGGUCCAGCCCUCGUGUCUGCGUGCUAGUGAUUUAUCGACAGUAAUUACCGAGGCACUUAAUGCCUAGUUUGGAUGGGAAUUAAUUCGAGGCCGGAUAAAUAAUGCAUUAGGGUUUAUUUAGCCCCAUGUGAAGCGUCGCUCCUGAGCCAGAGCUGGCAGUGGAGGGAAGCGGCAUUUGAGCAGCGGGCGCGGCGAUGCGCGGGGCGGCGGCGGGGGCCGGGCGCUGAAGCUGGCGGCCGCGGCGAGCCCAGCCAGGAGCAUGCUGAGCCCCAAGAUCAGGCAGGCCAGGAGAGCCCGGUCAAAGAGUUUGGUAAUGGGUGAACAGAUUGGGCCUCCCUCCAGACCUUCUUCUCCAAACCCUCAAGAACAUGUGUUGAAGUGUGGCUGGCUGAAGAAACAAAGGAGCAUUAUGAAGAACUGGCAGCAGCGGUGGUUUGUGUUGCGUGGGGACCAGCUUUUCUAUUAUAAGGAUGAAGAGGAAACUAAACCUCAGGGCUUGAUACUACUGCAAGGCAAUCAGGUGAAUGAGCUGCCACCUAAUCCUGAUGAACCAGGGAAACAUCUCUUUGAAAUUGCCCCAGGUGGUGCAGGGGACCGGGAAAAGAUGCCUGUCAAUCAUGAGGCUUUCCUGCUCAUGGCUAAUUCCCAGAAUGAAAUGGAAGAUUGGGUGAAAGCCAUCCGACGGGUUAUAUGGGCUCCAUUUGGUGGAGGUAUUGCAAAUAGCUCACAUGCACAUAAAUUAAAACAUUUGCCUCAAGGGAUCUUUGGACAGCGAUUGGAGGACACUGUACAGUAUGAGAAGAAGUAUGGCCAGCGCUUGGCCCCACUGCUUGUGGAACAGUGUGUGGAUUUUAUUCGGGAGAGAGGUCUUACAGAGGAGGGGCUCUUUCGGAUGCCUGGCCAAGCCAACCUUGUCAAAGAUCUGCAGGAUUCUUUUGACUGUGGAGAGAAGCCCCUUUUUGACAGCAACACUGAUGUUCACACUGUGGCGUCCCUCCUGAAGCUUUACCUUCGAGAGCUGCCAGAGCCUGUCAUCCCCUUUGCCAAAUAUGAAGACUUUCUUUCUUGUGGACAGCUACUCUCAAAAGAUGAGGGAGAGGGUACCCAGGAACUGGUUAAACAGGUGAAGAAUUUGCCCCAAGCCAACUACAACCUCCUCAAAUACAUAUGCAAGUUCCUUGAUGAAGUUCAGGCUCACUCCAGCAUUAACAAGAUGAGUGUGCAGAACCUGGCUACUGUAUUUGGACCAAAUAUAUUACGGCCCAAAAUGGAAGAUCCGGUGACCAUGAUGGAAGGUACCUCACUAGUUCAGCACCUGAUGACAGUGCUGAUAAGCGAACAGGGUCGAAUCUUUGCUGUUCCUCAGGCUGAUGUGCCAGGGAGCCAGCUGGAAAUCAGACCUGUGCGCCAGCGCAGUACUGUGGAGUGGAUCUCCGAGGAGGAUGGGGAUGACAGCAGGUCAGAAAACAACUUUCCCAGUCCCGCUGAUUCGCCUUCUAGCAAUGCUGUGGCACUAGAGACCACUCCUGGACCUGCGGUGAAAAACACUCCCUCAGAGCACAGUGGCAAAUCGGCUCAGCCUGCCACCAGCCCCAGCAAAAGAGUGCAGACACUGCCUCCAUGGAAAUACUCCUUCCGCCAGCAGGGAGCACGGUCUGUGAGUCCAAAGCUGGGCAGCUCAUCCUUAGAUAUCCCCAACCUCUCCUCCAGUGGGAACUGGUUGAUGAAUGGACUGUACUCCCUUCGAGGCCACCGCCGGACAGCCUCUGGGGAACGAGUUAAAGACUCGUGUUCUUCCCAGAGACUUUCUACUUAUGACAAUGUCCCUUCAUCCAGCCUCUCCCUUAGCACACACAGUAUGGCCAGCACCACGUGGUCCACAUCAUCAUGUGAAAUCUCUGUGAUGGACUCGGUCAGCAGCUGCGCAGCCUGCCGGGCCAGUGACUCUUCUGCUUUAAGCUCUCUCAAAACCGAGUGGAUAACUCAGGACUCACUGUCUCAAAGUGAGGUCAAGACUGCAGAUCUGGAGAACAGCUCUGACAGGUUUCAGGCAUGCAGCAGCAGCAGCGAACAGAGCAACCCGGCUGCAGCUUCCAGAGACUCUGUCCAAUGCUCUAGGGCAUUACAGAGCUUGGUGGUGGAGCUAAAGACAGAGCUGAGCAAACAGAGGACUGAGUAUGAAACUAGUAUCAAAAGAAUUGAAGAAACAAGUGCAGACCUGAGGAAACAAGUAGUUAGGUUAGAAGAAGAACUGGACCAAGAACGAAAGAAAUACACGAUGCUGGAGAUAAAGCUGAGGAAUUCUGAACGUGCUCGUGAAGAUGCUGAGAAGAGAAAUCACCUCCUGCAGAAGGAAAUGGAAGAGUUUUUUUCCACAUUAGGAUGUUUAACUGUUGGGAGUCAAAGUGCUAGAGGCGCUAAGUAGAACAAGCUGAUGGACAGCACAGAAAAUUCUAUGUCUGGCAAAACCAGUGAAAAUGCACAUUUUGUUCUGGUAUACUCAUGUAUUAUGAGUAAUUCUUACAGUGAUUGUGCUCUCAGUGACACUUGCUCCAUUGUCUUUACAUGUGCUGUAGUAUUUGGGUCAGCUGGAAAGACUGCUAAACAUAACGCUUGAAAGUUUAGAUGCCAGACUGCCAAGGAAGAGUGGGCACCCUUUUUAUCUCCAAAUCAAAAGAUGCUGUUCUCCAUACCUGUACUGCUGCCAUCCUCUGACUUACUGCACCUUUUACUGGCUCAAGGACAGUGGAAAGUCCUGCAAGGUGGGAGGGGUGGCCAGAAUCGAGGGACAGGCUGAGCCUGGAGCUGCAGGCCUCCUCCACUUGUGCUUGGGAAGAUGGCAGUCCCAGUGUGUCACCACAUUCAGUGUGUUUACCACACGGAUUUAAUGAGUUUUCUUCCUAUUCCCCACAUACAUAAAGUUUGUUCAGAUUUCUCACUCCUUCAAAGUAGCAUUAUUUUAUGAAGAUAAUGUGAAAACAAAGUCUACAAAGGAGCUGAAGAUACCAAAAUCUGGUAAUCUACUAAAAUUAUUCCUUACCCAGCAACCAGGUCCAGUGUUUCACAAAAAUGCAACUAGUUAAACGGUAUGUAUGUGGUUAAUAAUCAGAUUGGCCACACAAACUCCAUGGAACUUUAAAUAUGCACAUUUUGCCCUAGGUAUCCUGGGGGUUUUGAGCCAAAAAUAGAGCAGUAUCAGCUGCAAGAAAAUCUCAUGAUUGAUACGUACUGAUCAGACAUAAAGGUAGGAGAAGAUUCUUGUCAUUGAAAUGCUUCCAAUUGCUGAGGGUUUUUUAUCUAUACAACUUCCAUAGCAAAACCUAUGGUAAGAGAAAUUAGUGCAAUUGAGCAGGGGAGGUAAACAGGGAAGGGUGAGGAUCUAUCUUUAACCUUCCCAGGAAAAUUUACACUUACCUGCUUUGUAACAUUUUUAUUACACCAGUUGGUAUUCUUGUUGUUAGUUCACAAGGAGAUGAGGGGACAGGAGGAGUGCAACAAACCACCCAGCAGCCCAAGUUCAUCACUUCUACUGCAGAAAAAUCAUUAGAAUGGAGUUGCAAUUUCUGGUAACUAGGGGCCAGGGCUGACCUUCCCCUCAAGGGACUGCUUUGGGAAGUUCUGCCUAACAUUUGUAGUGCCCUCAGCCACGUGGAACCUGCGCACAGAAAAUUGUUCCACCAGAUUCAGCUUGAAUGCUGCUUGCCAGGCAAUGCUCACAGCACUGUUUCUUCUUCCUUGGCAUCUAUCUUUGACAGCUGAAGCAGCUUGGGAGGCUCAGAGGAAAAAGAUUUUUAAUGGAAAAAUGCCACAACUACAUGAACUGGCUGAAGGGAAAAUAUAGAUUGGAGAGAAGGCGCUUGCUUUAUUGAAGUAUUUUCAAAAACUUACCUGAAUCUGUAUUUUCUUAUUAGAGCAGACUAUAACUCAUAGUCUGGAAGUAACCUUAGAAUGGGCUUUUUUACCUGUCAGCAGAUAGCACACCUUUCAGUAUUGACUUUUUCCUCAUCUCACAGAUAUCCAGGUCUUUCAGUAUUUAAACAUCUAGAAGUUAACUUGUUUCUACCUCACUGUAACACUUCUCUGUCUUACAGAAGUGUAAUCCAUUUAAAGUGAGCAAACCUAAACAUUUUAACCUAAUCUUUCCUGGUUAAGACAAGUCAAGGAAGGUGAUAAAGUAAGCUGUAGGGAUAGGUUAAUUCAGAUAUUUCACAUUUUCCCUUCUUCCCAGAACAUCCGGUUGUGCUGGAUUCCUUACAGCCCCAGGCGUGAGGCAGCCUGGGUGGGUACCGGGGUGCUCCGCCGAGGCAGCCCUGCCACCUGCAGGCAGUAGCAUCACCCUCACCUCUUUUCUACACCACCCCUCUGCCUUGUAUUAUUACUGAUAGUCACAACUGAUCCUGCAAGGAACAUGAUGGCUUGUUUAAAACAGCAGCAUUAAGAUGCACAAUGUGAGAAGCCACUGUUGUAACCAUGAUUCCGAGCUGGAACAGCACAGUGGGUUAGGUAGCAUUAAGUCAUGGCAAAAUAAACCUUAAUAUUAGAGAGUAGCCUGAACUGGGUUGUAAGUAAUUCUCUACAAUUAGAACAUCAGUAAAAAGAAAGUUCCUAUGUAGGCAUUCAGAUCCAGGUUGUUUAAUGCCUUUUUUUAUUCCUACACCCCACAUAGGUACCUUUCACUAUAUCCAUCUCACAUCCCUUAGAUUACUUACAUACAGGACCUAAUGCAAUAUUAUCAAGUGCAGACUACUCUCUUUACUUCUAGCACACUACAAACUUAAGAACAGAGCCAUGCUGACUAGGAGCCUAAAAACCAAAUAUGCAAGACAAGCAUUAAACAGAACUGCUGGCUAACUCUCAUGAAGGCAAAUGCAGCUGCAAUUCUAGAUAUUCUUGAAGUAUUUAAUUUAGAUAACCAUUACAUAGAACUGGGGAACAAGCCCACCUAUCCCCAAUCUUCAGCUCCCGGAUAGCUUCAUGUGUCAGCUAUGUAGCACUAUAUAAUAUUAAUUGGCAUCCAGGAUAAAAUUAAUUCUUUUCAGUAUCACAAACAAAACUGUAUCCACUCAAACUGAUUAAUGGAACUGACCAUUUCCCUAUUACUGUGCUUCAGCAACAAGUCUUCUUGUUCAUGAGGAAUACAUUUCGGGUUCAUGAACAACAAGCCAAAGCUAAACAGUAGCAUUACGGAAUAACAGAAAGCUUCUCUAGGUCUCCAUAACAUUUCUAAUAUGAAAAGGAAAAUUAAUAAUGAUAGCUUAUUGAAUUAUCUACAUUCACUAGCAAAUUCCAUGCAAGCCAGCAGCACAAUGAAGUGGUUUAGCUCUGGGCCUAAGUCAUGCACAGACGGAUCUCUUGGCAGAGCUAAGACUGUUGCAGGCCUUCCUCUGUAUUAAUAUAUAUUACUCGGAAUUAGCUGCACUUUAUGCUAACAUAUGCAAAUAAAAAAGAGCAUUUCUGAACCUCACUGCAUUCCUAGAAGAGCACCUCAUGAAUAGCUGGUCCAGAGAAACAAAGCAGGCUGCAGUACCGCCUUUCCCUUACAGAGGUAUACAAAGACAACCAAAGAACACACAGACCAACAAAACUCAAGGGCAGCUUGAGCCUUUGUUUAAAGAGACCCUGCUGGAAAUGAAGGCAACGAAAUGCAUUGUUAGGAUUUAGCCCCACGAUAGGUGGCAGUGCAGGAAGUGGUCCUGGCACCCACAUUAGCUCUCCAGUAAGAGCUCUUCAGAGGCCAGAUCCUUCAAGCUGCUCUGAGAUGAAGUUUUAAGAAAGAUUUUCCUGAGGGCAAAAGGACUGGGCCCUCUUUUCCUACACUAGACAGCCCAUGGCUUACCUUGUUCUGAAACACAAGAUCCCAGAAGCUGCAUUUCCAGGAAAAAAAGGCAGCUACAGUUGACAGCAAGGAAGUAAGACUGGAUUCCCAGUGGUCACAAACACACUUGGUAUUAAGUCUGUGGCACACCCAAAGCCCACAACAAUGGAGAAAUGGAAGAAAUGUGUCACUGUGCCCAUCAGUGAGCUCACACACAAGAGACGGCUUUAAGUACCAUUUAAAACAGAUGAAUUCUCAGGAAGGACUGAUGCUAAUAAGACUCCAAUUGUAGCCAUAUUAUGAAAUCCACUCCAGCCUAGCAAUGAAGAAGAAACACUAAAUUCAUAGUGGUCAAACUUUUUUUUUCUUUUUUAUUUAAAAUAUCAUUAUAACCAAUUGACAUACUAGAUAACAAUGUAUACAUUCCAGUGGUGCACACAUAAUGACCUAUGGCAUGAAUGAGUAAAAAAACCACAAUGUUCUCAGUAAUGCCCCACCAACAGCUUAUUUGGAGGGAAUAAAGGAAAAGCAGGAAAAAGUAUCAAAUGUGGGAAGAAAAAAAAAAAGUACAGUUUUCCCCAGCAUUUUUAAUGGUGUAUCUUCCCCUUCAUAUUUCUUGGGACAAAAUAAGAAUAUACUUCAAAAGGGGCUAGAAGGAAUGAUCACAAUAAUUAGGGUUUUUUUCUCAACUUUAGUAAUAAAAGUUAAAGAACUCUCAAAAAUAGACUAGAUAUUGGGCCUACAAAAGUAAUUCAUCUGUAUGCAAAGCUUACCAAGAAUUAUUCCUUUUGUAAAAUGUAAAGGAUGAGCUGACAUUACUAGUAAGCUAUUUUUACCUACAAAACCAGACUACAAUAAUAAAAUCACCAAUUUACAGCUAGCACAAUAUUCUAGAUGUACAUUACUGUACACAAGCUAUAUGUUACACAUAUGACCAUCUUAUGUGAAAUCUAUAAGAAACAUACUUACUGAUAUUGUCUCAACAUUGGCCAAUAGGUUUAUUUUUCUAAAGGAAGUGUAUUUCUCUAUUCACAUUCAGUGUAGUUCCAAUAGCAUGGGUUAGCUUUGCUUACAUAAGAAACAUAGAAAGUUUGUGUGAGGUAGUUCAAGAAAACCUAGCUUAAUUUUUAACUGCAGAAGUAGAAACACAAUGUGAUCUGAUUCAUGACACAUUUCUGUAAUGCAGAGAUAUCUAAAGAGGAGAAGGGAGUGAAAGAGUUCAUUUAAAAUACCACUCUUAUCCAGUGCCCUUAACUAAGAAUAAAUUAAAUGAAAAUAUGGGUAGGCAGUAGAGUCUUCUCACAUUUCUUCAUUAAAACCCUCUUUCUAAUCCUACUGAAAAAUGCAGACAGUUCUGCCUCAGCUCCAGUCCUCAAACUAAAUAUGUAAAAACCAAAACAUUGACAGGAAAAUAAAAUGUAACAGCAUAGACAUGCUGCUGUCAACAGCAAAUAAAAAAAUGUAUCUAGAAACAGUAAUUCACUUCCUUUAGCAACUGGAAACAAUAAGACCAAGUGUAAGGUGAACAACCUUCUCUCGCCCCUUUCCCCUCUAAUCUUAAUUGAGAAACAGUUAAUGUCAUACACUUUGGAUCCCUGGCUGGAUAGGAACCAUCCUCCUUGUACAAGCUUUUAGAUCGUUUUCCUUUACACGGUGUUGAUAUGAAUGCCAUAUACACUAAAGCAGGGCAUUAUACUCAUGCAGAGGCCUGUCAAGGUGCUUAAUUUUUGCUCUCUAACCAAACAAACAGCCUGUGUUCCAUAAAACCAACCCACAUCAGUAACACCCUGCUCACUCACACACACAGGCAGCAGAGGGUGCCAGUGCCACAACCGCCUUGAAUAGAGCUCCCCCCCAUCUGAAUUACCAGUUGGGCUUAAACCACACCACCUCCCAGAACUCACACCUGCAGGUUGGCAGAGGGGGACUCACCAAUAACAAUUUAUGCUGAUCCUAUAUUUGUAUCGAGCUGGAAUUCCUAUCCAGAACAAUACUACUGCAUAUAGCAUAGUAAGGUUCUUCAAAACUAAAAACCCAAGCCGCAUAGCACCCACAUAGGGAAAAGUGCCACAUCUGUUCAGCUUAGCAGGAUGAAUACAGCAGAGGUGACCUGAUCAGUCAAGCUGGUCUUAAGGCUGUUCAGCUGAUGGGUACAGCUCUGGCAGUCCAGCUUCUCACACACAAAAGCCUCAAUCCUGACCCCAUAGUCCUGCAUCAACAAAAGACUUCACAGAGCAGAGGUGCAGCACAUGGUGGCAGCACUAAUUCCACCUCCUCCUUUAUUUCAAAUUCUUGGAAGAACCUGUUUCUUGAUAAAAUAGAGGAGCUAUUAUCCUUGAUGCCUGCCACAGCUCUGACCAGAGAAGGUGGAAAUUAAUCGAGUCUUGUCCAACUUUUAACCUCAUCUGACAUAAGAAAUCAAUCAGAUGGCUCACUGUAAUUCCAUCCCUACCAACUCCCAGUGGAUUGGAACAGCCCUAGAAGACGAAAGUUGCAUGCACUUUAGUGAAGCCUGUUGUCAUGAGGAGAUUUUGGAAUUACAGACUAAAAUAAAGCUUAAUAAUACUUUAAGAAUAAAAGUGUACAGUGUAUUAGUAUAUAAUCUAACAUCGUAAAACAGUAGACAAAGGCAGCUGAACUCGCUGCCCAUUUGUUUGCUAUCAGUGGCAGUGUACAACUAUUUUUGAAAUAAUUUUAUAUUUCAAUAAAUAAAAAGGGAAGUUAAAACUAGCAUGUUGUUGCGAUAAUUUGGUUACUGAAUCUGAAUUUACUAUCACUUUGAUUCAUCUAAAAUUCAAGCAACUGGGGGG